AUUUUAAAUUUAAUUUAUUUUAUAAUAUUAAUUUUAAUAGUAUUAUUAAGAAUUGCUUUUUUUACUUUAAUAGAACGUAAGUUUUUAGGUUAUUGUCAUUUUCGAAAAGGGCCAAAUAAAACAGGAAUUUUAGGUUUAUUUCAACCUUUUAGAGAUGCAAUUAAACUUUUUAGAAAAGAAAUAAAUAAAAUAUUUUAUAUAAAUAAAAAUUUGCAAAUUAUUGCUCCAAUUUUUAUAAUUAUUAUAAUAAUUAUAAUAUGAAUAAUUUUUCAAUUUUCUAAUACUGCUUUAAAUUUAAGAAUAAGAAUUAUUUUCUUUCUUUGUAUUUCAAGACUCAGAAGUUAUUCUAUCCUUUUUAGAGGUUGAGCUUCUAAUUCUAAAUAUUCGUUAAUUGGAUCAUAUCGAGGAUUCGCUCAAGUUAUUUCUUAUGAAGUAAGAAUAGCACUAAUUUUAAUUACAAUAUCAAUUAUACCUCAAAGAUUUAAUUUAUUUUACUUUUUUAAACUUCAAACUUAUUAUCCUUUAAUUUUUAGAAUAUUCCCUGUAUUUAUUAUUUGAUUUAUUUCAAUUUUAGCUGAAUUAAAUCGAGUUCCAUUUGAUUUGGCUGAAGGAGAGUCCGAGUUAGUCUCAGGAUUUAACAUUGAAUAUGGAUCAUGAUUAUUUGCUAUUAUUUUUAUAUCUGAAUAUGGAAAUAUUAUAAUUAUUAGAUAUUUAACUAAUUAUUUAUUUUUAGGUUUUAAAAAUUUAAGUCAAUUUUCUAUUUUAAUAAUUAUAUUUAUUAUUAUUAUAAUACGGGGUACUUACGUGCGAAUACGAUAUGACCAAUUAAUAAUAAUAGCAUGAAAAAUUAUUUUACCUCAAAGAAUUAUUUUACUAUUUUUAAUUUAUUUUAUUUUUUUAAACAUAUUUUACUUUAUUUGCAUCAAUUUUUGUAAUUAA